GCCCCUCCCCGCCGCUGCCUGCGGGAGUGGGAAUAAAGACAGAUAGCGGGGCAGGCACCGGCCGGGCGGGGAGGGAGAGCGCAGAAAGUUUCCUGUGGAGCCCGCGGGCGGCAGCAGCGAUGCCCGUGCUGCGCAGAACGCUGGGGCUGGGCGGGCGCCGGCGGCCUUAGGGGGAGAGAGAGCGGCGCGGGGCCCGGCAGCGACUCCCCGGCCCGGCCCGUCCUCUCCUCCGGGCGGCGAGGGAGAAGAACUCUGGGCAGGGACGGGAAAGCGGCAACGGCCGGAGCGCAGGGAGAGGGAGCGACACCGCGGGGACAGCCGCCGCCGCCAGCAGAGCCCAGGGGGAAAGAUGAGCUUGUUGUCAGCCAUCGACACCAGCGCCGCGUCCGUCUACCAGCCCGCCCAGCUCCUCAACUGGGUCUAUCUUUCGCUGCAAGACACGCACCAGGCCAGCGCCUUCGAUGCCUUCAGACCUGAGCCCUCCUCGUCCCAGCACCCUGAUCUCGGCUACACCAAGAGCACCCCGGAGCUGGGCUCUUCGCUCAGCUCCAGCUAUCUCAACAGUUUCUUCCAGCUCCAGCGCAGCGAGGCCCUGAGCAGCAGUCUGUACAAGAGUACAUCACCUUACGGCUCUCUUAAUAACAUUGUGGAUGGGUUAAGCUCCCUCACUGAGCAUUUCUCUGACCUAUCCCUUUCUUCAGAAGCCAGAAAACCCAGCAAGAGGCCACCUCCCAACUACCUGUGCCACCUCUGCUUUAACAAGGGACAUUACAUCAAAGACUGCCCACAGGCUCGUCCAAAAGGAGAAGGCCUGACUCCGUACCAGGGCAAGAAACGCUGCUUUGGUGAAUAUAAAUGCCCCAAAUGCAAGAGAAAAUGGAUGAGUGGAAACUCCUGGGCUAAUAUGGGACAAGAAUGUAUCAAGUGCCACAUUAAUGUUUAUCCUCACAAACAGAGACCCCUGGAAAAGCCGGAUGGCCUGGAUGUUUCGGAUCAGAGCAAAGAACAUCCCCAGCAUCUGUGUGAGAAGUGCAAAGUUUUGGGCUACUACUGUCGCCGUGUGCAAUAAACCUUGAAAGUGGCCUUCCCGUCCCCAUCAUCCUUGAAGAUCCUCUGGCAGCAUGCGAUCAACAGCAACACAACAAACCGAGGGAAAAGCUAAAACAAUUGCCAAUACUGCCUAUCUAAUAAUAUGCCUUACCAUUAAUAGAAUGUAACAUUUCUCCUGUGCACGCACAGGUAUUUACAGGACUAUGAUUUGUAUGCAUACAUAUAUAUGUAAAUUUAUAUAUAUAUGUACACACACAUAUAUAAAGCGUUACUGAUAGCGUUCACAACAGAACCAUGGCCACAGGUUCUGCAGAUUGUUUACACAAAUCUUAUUGUCAUGGCCAGGUGAAAUGAAGUGCUAUUUAAUAGGCAAGGUAUAGUAUUCACAGGGAGUGUAUGUUAUAUGCAUGGCUUUUGCAGAGGUUAAAUAACUGUGGGGGCACUAAUUGCAAGCACUCACCCACAGCAUGAACGUUAUUCCUAUUAUAUGACAAGACAAAGGAAGAUGAAACAAGCCACAGCAUAAAAGGAAGAAAAUUGUUUUUCCAGUUUCAGAAAGUCUGAGAGUUUUGUGCUGCUGAUUUCUUGGACUUUUUGUUACCGUCACUUGGGCAAGGCUUAGGCAAAAUCAUUUUUGCAGGAUGUAGCAAAAAAAGUGAAUAAUUGUUUGAGGGUGUGGGUUGGUUAGAAAGGGAAUGCCAUAAUGAGACCCAGAGCAUCAUGAGAGAUUCCAAGAGGUUUUUGGAGGAGACAAAAUUGGCUUGAUUGUGCAACUAAUAGAUCUUUCUCUUGUCAUAUAAUCCCACUGAAAUGGUCCCUGUAUGUGUAUGGGGUAGUCAUUAGGCCACAAGCACAUUACUGUGAACAAGGGGUGAUAAGAAUACUUAAAACUGUCCCCAAAACCCUAGAUUGAAAGAUUAGCCAAACGUACUAUUUAUAAUAGUUUUAAAGCCACUUUCUGGAAAUAUUUCUGUGUCCUGUUUUCUACUGUACAAAUUUGUUAUAAAACUUGUUAGCCAUAGGGGUGUUUUGCAGCAUGGAGAGCACUCUCUAUAACCUUCCCUCUUUAUGUCUUCCUGAAACACCUACAGACCUGAGGAGUAAUGUAGGAGUUAUAUUUCAUUGUCCCAUUUCAGGUAGAGCUUUGUACAGGGGAAUCCUGCUGCAAAGAAGUAUCUCAUCAGGGAUUGGGAAAUAUCAACUGAAAGUACCUCGAGACAGUAUCCUGUUUGUAUGUCUACAGAAGUAUAUAUUGGCAAAAGGACACAAGCAGCAAUUCACUUGAAGCAUUCACUGAAGGAAAAAAAAAAAAGUCACAGGGAUAAUGUUUGUUUGGAGGGGUAUUUUACACAAUUUCUAUUUUUAUGGAGUUUCCUUUAGAGAGAUUGGUUUGUGUGAAUGAUACUUAGUGGAAAUACUUCAAAUCCUAAAUAACUUGAUGUGAAUUAAAUGUGGUUUGAGGAUGACCUCCAUUACCUGAGACAGAGGAGGUUUUAUGCCAAGUGAUAACAGGACAUUACCAGUAUGUACAGUCAAGUUCAUAUAAAGCAAAUUGAAAGCUUACAGUCAGCGUUCAUACAGGAAAUGUGAAGCUUUUCACAGUGAAACUUUUGUCAUUUCCCUGCUUUCUUAUAAGCAAGGCAAAAUUCUGCUCAUUCUGGCAGUAGUGCCAUGUAUGUGUCUCCCAGACUUCAUUGUUUAUGGGUAGCCCAGGUGAUCCAGCCUUCUGGAUGACUUCUGGAGCAAUUCAUGAAGAUGGGGAUGCUGGCUUCUGAGCACAGCUCUUUGAUUAGCUGCCUGGUUUUGGGCAAGUCACAAGACCCUUUCACACCUCAGUUUUCCCAACUGCAAAAUGGGAUUAAUACUACUUUAGUAUACCUGCCUCACAGGGGAGCUGUGUGGCUUACUUAAGAUCUAAAGAGUUUUGAUAUCACUGGAUGAAAAGUGCUAUGUAAUGCUAAAAUAGUGUUAACUAAAUUAAUCAUUUUGUAACUGGUUUUGCCUGGUUGACCAGCCCAUCAACUAAAAU